AUGCCGCGCACUCCCAAGUGGAUCCCGUGCGCCUGUGGGUACCACUGGGCCUGGAAACGCCAGGUCGAGUCGGGUGAAAAUACCCACUGUGCGUACUGCGGCAGGAACUGGCAGAAGCAGCUGAACAAGCAGCAAGCAAGCAAAGACGCCCGUGCCGAGCAAUCCCAGAGCCCCCGAGCUGUCUGGGAGGACGGCCGCACCAAAGGCAAGGGUAAAGGAGAAGGCAAGGGUUCCAAGAACCCUCCAGGUGGCAAAGUCGGCGCGGUACUCGCGGGUCUUUGGAAAGACCUUCCUGAGGCUGCACAGAAAGCCUUUCAGGAGGUCGGGUACAGCCCACCUCGGCCGAAAGGGCCACCGCCUCCCCCGCCAGGACUGGACCUUCAGUCCCUUCUUAAGGGUAGGAUGCCCGAGAAGGAGUACAACGCUGCCAGGGCCGUGGUUUACGCCGGUGCAGGGCUCCACGUCCAGACCCUUUUGGAGGCCGCGGGAAUCCCCCCUCCGCCAGAUGAGGACCUCGACCAGCCAGAACCCACGCCCCAGGAGAAACUGACAAGGUGUGUCAGUGACUUCAAGAAGGCCACCAACCAGAUGAAGAAUCUGGUAGAGAAGAAGGCCAAGCUCCAGGCCCGAGCGGACAAGCUCAAGCAGGAACUGGAAAAGCUUAUUGGGGACGUGGACCAGGUUGACAAGGACAUCAAGGCCAAGGACGUCGAGAUCCAGGAGACGGCCAAGGCUUUCAAAGAGAUGACGGCGGACUCCACCAGCACCGCUUUCAGCGCCCUGGAGGCGAUGAAGGCUGCCCUGGUCGGGAAGGAGGACCUCCCUCCGGACCCCUUCAUUGUGAAUUUCAGAGGGCAUGAUGAGUACUUCCCUCGGGAGAUGCCCCCCAUGUACGGCCCUGCCCGCACCGACCCGCAUGGGAAGCGUCCCACGCCUUUGGAAGGGACGAAGCCAGAGGGAGCCGCAGGCAGCGACAACCCCGAAUAG